AUGGAAGAAAGUAUCAACCAAGACCUACCUAGGAAUAAUAAUGCUGAAAAUAAUUCUGCUUCGAAUGAACGUUCUCUUCCUCCCGCGAGUAACGAAAAUCAGUCACAAACUUCUAGUGUUCGGGGAAAAACUGAUCCUGCUUGGAGAUACGUUGCUUUACAGAAUAUAAAUGGAAAGCCGCAUUACCAAUGUUUAUUUUGUCUGAGUACUUUUGGGGGCGGGGGAAUUAAUAGAAUGAAAAAGCAUUUGGCGAAGAUGGGUGGAGACAUUAAGAAGUGUUCUAAGGUCCCGUAUGAUGUAGAAAAACAAAUGGAAGGUUUAUUGAAAGAGAUUCAGAAAAGUAAAACUAGUAAAAGGAAAGUAAGUUUCAAUGAAGAGGGUACCGAUGAGUGUGAGGAUGCAAUUGAUGAAGCAAUAGCGCAAGAGGAACAACAAACUCCGAGUCAGUUACCAACUAAGGAGGUUGUUGGAGGCGAUCCAAAAAAGAAAGCAAAAAUCAUUAUUCCUCCUAUUUUUGCACCAAGAACAACUCCGGGAAGUCAAAAAAGUCUAAAAAGCGUGUUUCAAAACAAAGAGGCGCUUCAUGAAGUUGAUAAGCGAGUGGCUAGAUGGCUUUUGAAUUGUAGGAUUCCUUUCAAUGCGGUUAUGUCACCUUUUUUUCAAGAUAUGUUGGAUGGUGUAGCUGGCUUUGGGCCUGGUUAUAAAGGUCCUUCUUAUGACUCUUUGAGGGUUAACUUAUUAGCCGAUCUCAAAAGAGAGCGUCAAAUGGUUGUUGAUAGCUAUAGGUCUGCUUGGAAAGAAACUGGAUGUACUCUCAUGGCUGAUGGUUGGACAGAUCAAAGGCAAAGAACAUUGAUUAAUUUUUUGGUUUAUUGUUCGAAAGGGUUGUGCUUUGUGAAAUCUGUAGAUGCCUCAAUAACUGAUAAUGCUGCGAAUUAUGUUGCUGCUGGUAGGCUUAUUAGUAAGAAAUUUGAAAAUAUUCACUGGUCACCUUGUGCUGCUCAUUGCUUGAAUCUUAUUCUAAAAGAUAUAAGCAGCAUGCCACAUAUUUCUAGCCUUGCAACACAUGCUUCGAAGAUUACUGUGUUUGUAUAUAAUCAUACGGUGUUCUUGUCCUGGCUAAGACAAAAAGAGGAUUGGAGGGAGAUUGUUCGUCCAGGAAGGAGUGCUAAUGGUAGAGCUGUGAGUGCAAUUAUCCUAGACAAUAAAUUUUGGGAUGAUUGUUUUACUGUAUGCCAAAUUGUGAGUCCGUUGAUUAAAUUGCUGAGGUUGGUAGAUGCCGAUGAUAAACCAUCAUUGGGAAUUGUUUAUGAAGGUAUGCUGAGAGAAUCACCUGAUGUCAUGCGAGCUUUACUUGAUCUUGUUACAUUGCAUUGCAAGGUUAAUAAUUUAGAUUCAGUUGAGGCAAUGAAAGAAAUACACUUAUAUAGAGAUCGAAAGGAAAGCUUUGAUAGGCCUGAAGCUGUUUCAGCUGCAAAAAAACUUCAACCUGUUCGCAUUCUUAGCCAAGCAUCUGCUUCUUCAGGGUGUGAAAGGAAUUGGAGUCUUUUUGAUCAAAUUCAUACUGCAAGAAGGAAUAGAUUGGAGCAUGAUAGGCUAAGUGAUAUUGUGUAUGUUACAUAUAAUUUGCGUCUUAAAUCCAGAAAAAGAAGAAAGCAAAAGUCGCAAUAUGAUCCAAUCGAUAUUGAAACUAUUGAUAAGGUUGAUUUUUGGGUGACAGAAGAGGUUGUUGAAAAAGAGCCUGAUCUUCCAAGUAAUAUUGAAGACUUGCUUCAUGAGAUUGAUGCUGAUUUAGAUCAAGGUGGUGGUGGUGGUAGUACUAGUACAUUUUAUGAUGCACCACUUGCUUUUUCUGGUCCAAGUAGUGAAAAUGAAGGUGAUGAAAUCAAUGACGCAAAUCUGCAGCAAAUUAUGGAGGAUUUUGAUGAUUGA